AGUGGAAAACGCCUGUAUUAAUAUAUAAAUGGAGGUGUGAGGCUCGGCCCAGGAAAAGGCCAUUGAAACCAUCAUUACUCAUCUUGUUGCAGAGACUAAACCACAAAGAAAGGAAGAAAAGAGAAGAGGUUUCGAAGCUUAAUCAUUAAAAUCAGUAUUACUACUGCAAUAUUAAGCUAGAUUAGAGUGUACAACAAGAAUGGAGGUUGAUGCUGUGAAGAGAUUUGGGAGAGUGGUGUUGCUUCUUCUUCUCCUCAUCAACUUAGCACUACUGUCCUUGUUCCCUUCACCUUCUCUUGCAGCUGGUGGAAGAUUCGAGCUGAAAAACCAUGAGAAGUAUAACAGGCAGCAAGCUGGUGCAGUGGUCUCUUCUGAGGAUGAAGUAGUCCACGAGAGGCUGCUGAGAGCCAACACAAGAGACUAUGGAAGGUACGAUCCGACGCCGACACUUUCGAAGCCACCUUUCAAGCUCAUUCCCAACUGAUCAUCGAUCGUUCUGUCGAUGAUCCAUCCAUCGAAGCUCGAGGAUCGAAUUACCGGCCUAUGUUAUUAUAUGUGUGUGAUCAAUCUAAGGGAUCUAUAUAUAUAUAUAUAUAUGGAGGAGAUGUGAAUAGGUUAUAUAUAAAUAUGUAUGGAUAAUGGAUCCACUCUAGCUAUAGCUAUAUAUACGUAUGCAUGCAUGGCAGCGCAGUUAAUUGGGAUGGUAAUAGAAACAUGUAAUAAUAAGGGACUGCUGGGAUCACGUUUGGAUCGAAGGUUAUACGUGUGUUAGUAAUAGUACUGUGAUCACUACUGUUGUUUAAUUAACAUGGUAUGAUAUAAUCGUACGUGUAAGUUUUGGUUAUCUGAAUGUUAUUUGGUUAAUUAUCUGCAUCUAUCUAUAUAGCU